UUUUUAACCUCAUCACUGUCACGAAAUGGCGUCGAGCAAAGAACGGAGAAAGCGGUGCCGACGUGAAGGAAGCACAGUCGAUCGGGACUCCCCUGCCAAGAUCUCCAAGCUGCUCUCCUCCUGUCCGUCUCAGGAUGGGGAUGACGAUUUUGAUGGAGGAAGUGAAGAUUUAUGUCGCCCUCAGAGAUGCCAGAGCAUACCUCUUGUACCUCCCUCAAUGUCUGAAGUGAGGAUUGUACUUCUGGGGGAAGAUGUUCUCCAAACCAACAGAGUGGGAAACUUCAUACUGGGCAGAUCUGCAUUUCAGAUUGAAGUUCUUUCUUCAGUAAAGCUGCACUGUGAGAGAGCCAGUGGUCAGGUGGAGGGAAAAAACAUCACUAUCAUCAACACUCCUCAUCUCUACAACCCUCAGCUCUCUCAGGAGGAACUUAAUCAGAGAGUAAAAACGUGCAUUACUCUCACUGAUCCUGGACCUCAUGUGUUUCUUUUAGUGCUUCAGUCAGUAACAAACACACAUAAACAACAUAACAGAGUCAAAAACACACUGGAGACUUACAGCCCACUGUCUAGGGAAUGCUCAAUAGUGAUAACUACAGGUAAAGACCAUGGAGUCUUCAGUGAAUGUGAGGUGAGACACCACAGAAUACAUGAUAUAUCUGCAUUUGAUAAACAUCAAGUUCUCCAGCUUUUGGGGAAAAUAGAUAUGCUGCUGAAGGAGACUGGAGGAACUGACUUACAAGCAAGGAAAAUUACACUGAGAAGACAUCAGGAUCAUUUUACUGGAGAAACAUCAAAGACAGAUGGAGAAACACUAAGGGAAAAUCUGAAGGAGAAUAAAGGUAAAUAA